GCCUUGACUAUUGUUUUUGGAUAACUACAAGUGUUAAUUUUCAUGUCUGUUAUCACAUUAUUCAAUAGCGUGCUCCACUGAAACGACUAAUGCCACGUGCAAUACAAUCCAUGUAUUGUGGACGAACCUCCUACAAGUAACGUAGCUAAUGAUUACUGUGUAAGAGGACUUUCGCUUUGUUGUCCCUCCACAGAUUCCGUCCAUGGGUAAAGGAGAUGUGAAGUUUUCGUGUUGUGAAGCUAACUCUCUAGCCAAAUAAAAUAAACAAAUCCUGUUGGCGGACGUUUGGGGCACAUGGUGACAUAUUGAACUGUGCAGAUAGUAUUGGGCAGCUCUUGCGAGAAGAAGGUAUAUAACGUUGUAGAUAGAUUGCUAGCAGACACGGACACAGGCCUAAUCAAUCCACAGUUGCAAAGGAAAGCAAGUGUUGCCUGUCGCCAGCAUGGACUCUUGGAUUCGAUUUAGUGCGCAGAGCCAAGCCAAGGAACGAGUUUUCAGGGCUGCACAGUACACCUGUACGUUGCUAGGUUACACUCUCCAGAAGGGUGGGGCAGGUGUUGAGCUCCUGAAGACAGUGAAACAACUGGAAGCUCAUGUGAGCCUAACAAGGAAGUUGAUGCGUCUAGGGAACUCGGCAGAGGCUGUGGAGGCAGCGAAACGUGCUGUGCACCUCUCGGACAGCGUGUUGCGUCUCUGUCUGACCGUGGCCCACCUCAACAAGGCCAUGUACUUCGCCUGUGACAACGUGCUGUGGGCCGGCAAGGCUGGCCUCCUGCCCCAACUGGACCAGGUCAAGUGGAGCCAGAGAUCCUUCAGGUACUACCUCUUUGCCCUCAUCCUCAACCUAACCCGGGACGCCUACGAGAUCCGCCUGCUUAUGGAGCGUGAGGCCCGCUCCUCCCAUGUGGGGUCAAAGGCUACAUGGACCUCUUCUCCUCCCUCUCCAAACCCCUCUUCGCUCACCCCCGAGAACGUCGACCUCUCCGACCCCUCUUCCCUUCCCGGAGCCAUAUUACCUGUACGCCUCCGCAGACAGUGCCACCUGCUGGUGACAGUGCUGCGCAGCAACCCACCGCUGCUGCUGGACCUGCUGAAGAACGCGUGCGACGUGUUCAUCCCCCUGGACCGGCUGGGUAUCUACCCCACCGGCGAAGGCUUCGUGGGGGCCUGUGGCCUGGCUUCUUCGGUCCUCUCCAUCCUCACCAUCAUCCACCCCUGGCUCAAGCUCAAACCUUGAAGAAGCCAGAAUAUUUGGUUGAACGUUCGAGCUCGAGUCGAACAUUCUUCAAGCCUUGAAGGAGACAUUUUGGCCAAACUUUUUAGGUCCCCUAGAAGUGAAGAAGUGCUGUUGUGUCGAGGAAUGCAGCAUGACACAAGAGCAGGGGUCCUGUACACUGCUUGCUUGGAAAGUUUUGCGUUUUUUAAUUUGGAAUGCCAGCUUUUUGGGCAGAUCACGCUCGGACGAAGGUUGGUGGACUGAAACAGUGGCAUUUCGAAUCAAAGAGAGAAAAUGUGCAAAUGAGCGCUGUAUUUGAAAUCUGUCUUAUGUGUUUCAGCUCGUGCUCAGACGUGUUCAAACACAAAGUUCCCCAAAAGCCAUUUGGUUGAGUUGUUGAAAAGGAUUCCCCAUGCGAGUGUAUAGAACCGGCGCAUGGAAAAUUGUUGAGUCAGACCGGUAGACGUUUAAACACCUUAAAGCACCGUACAUCACAACUGAUGGGCUUUGUGAAGUGAUACCUAGCACAAAGAAUACCAGAUCGUCAUUCAAUUGUGUGUGUCUGAACACAAGCUGCAGGGAGCACAUUUUUAUCACCUUAAAUCAGCGUUUUAAAUGGAUCCUGAUCUCUAGUUAGGAGACAAUUCCAUGUCCAUAUAGUGUUUCUGUCCUGUUAGCGUUAAAUUAUGUAAUUGGAAAAGAUUAUCUGUACAGUUUUGGAAAUGCGCCAAUGUCAUCCCCGUGGAACGCUGUACAGCUAGAUACAGUGCCUUGCGAAAGUAUUCGGCACCCUUGAACUUUGCGACCUUUUGCCACAUUUCAGGCUUCAAACAUAAAGAUAUAAAACUGUAUUUUUUGUGAAGAAUCAACAAUAAGUGGGACACAAGUGGAAGUGGAAAAACAUUUAUUGGAUAUUUCAAACUUUUUUAACAAAUCAAAAACUGAAGAAUUGGGCGUGCAAAAUUAUUCAGCCCCUUUUACUUUCAGUGCAGCAAACUCUCUCCAGAAGUUCAGUGAGGAUCAGACAUUGAAUAGCCGUUUGAGCAUUAUUUAUUAAUUAGUUAUUAAAUACACUUUGGGUGGUGUAGCAAUAGACCCAGUUAUUACAAAAGUGCAGGCGUCCUUCCUAACUCAGUUGCUGGAGAGGAAGGAAACCGCUCAGGGAUUUAAGCAUGAGGCCAAUGGUGACUUUAAAACAGUUACAGAGGUUAAUGGCUGUGAUAGGAGAAAACUGAGGAUGGACAUUGUAGUUACUCCACAAUACAGGACUAACCUACAUGACAGAGUGAAAGAAGCAUGGACAGAAUAAAAAUAUUCCAAAACAUG